AUGAUUGUAGCUUGUGGUGGUCAGUUCCAGGACGAUCUGGAUCCACAGACUACUACACAUCUCAUUGCUACAUCUGUGGGAUCUUUAAAACACCGCGCAGCCGUAGCUCACGAGUUAUUUGUAGUGCUACCUCGCUGGGUAUUUGAAUGCUUUCGCGCUCAGAAGCUGCUGGAUGCCCAGGACUUUUGUCUCAAGCUGUUGGAAGGAAUAUGCUUGUGCACGUCCGGACUGACAGUUGAAGAGAAAGAGACAGUAGCACAAUUAGCUACGACUCAUGGAGCUCAAUAUGAUGGUCGACUGGAACUGGGCUUUACCAGUGUGCUUAUUGCACAGCACCCAGAAGGAGCCAAAUAUGACGCAGCAGUUGCUAAUGAUAUUCCAGUGGUUCAUCUCGGAUGGCUCUAUGCGUGCUUGGAGAGGAAGAUGUUGGUUGAAGAAGAGGAGUUUGUCUUGCGACCAGAAGCAGAGGAUCCAAGUUUGCAACCCACCGAUAUCGCACUGAAUCAACAAAAGGAUGCUCAAGAACUUGUGGCAGCAUUGCCUGAGUAUGUGAAAAAAUAUCGUUGCGGACACAAUGAAGAUUGUGGAGAUCGGGACGUGGUUGAUGAUGGAGACGAUGAUGAAUGGAUGGAUUUAUUUGACGGCUGCGUCUUAUACCUGCUGGGGUUCCGACCUCAGAUGUAUUCACUACUUCAGCGAUUGAUACGGAUUGGUCUGGGGACAAUUUAUCACAAUAUGGUUGUACACCAAGUGACUCAUGUGGUAGUGAGCGCAUCUCUAUCCGAUAAGCAGACACUGGAGGAUAUUCAGACUCGCGUAAUUGCAGCCUCUGCCGAGAGACAGGUGAACUAUGUAUCGGCUAGUUGGCUGCUCGAUUGUGUCAAGUGUUUGGAUCUACAACCAGAGGAAUUAUAUCCAGUUGAGUUUGAUGUACGUGUCCCCGAGUCUGUGCAUCAAAUCAAUACUAGUGCCGUCUCUGUCGUUGAUAGUAGCAGUUCUCCACUUGCUGCCGAGCAACGACAUGCUGAAGUGGAAAAUGAAGCGAGCUCAGAUUCGAUCGAGUUGUCUCAAGAUUUGCUGCAAAAUGGGGACGGAAACAGCAUCUUGACAACACCAGAAAUGGUAAAAGCUACUUCCGAAGCUAAGAAGACUCGUAUCUUUGCAGGUUACUCGUUCUUGCUACUGUGCCGUGAUCCUGAAGACCAGCACCUGAUUAAGCCCAUGCUGAAGAACAUUCGUGGAGAGAGAGGAGGCGCCGAGGCCAUUGCAAUUGCUGCCAUUGAUUUCCCACACUUAGAUCCAGAACAGUUUUCGUUUGUGAGCCAUGCAGUGAUGUGUACUGGUGUGGUGAUAAACGAGCAUGAGUCACUAAAAAUGCAAGAGCGUAUUCAUCAUUUCCAGCGCAAUCGUCGAAAUGCUGAUGAAAAUGACACUGAUGUUGGUGACAAACCAUCAAAACGAGUGCGGCAUGACAGAAAGCCACGGCAGCGAAUGUUGCAAUUUGUGUCGGAUUUGUGGGUGAACUGCUCGCUAGCUGCCAGGACAAAGCUUUCGUUUUCUUCACACGAAUUAUUCGGAGUAAGUGCCAACCACCCGCGGGCUUUGUUCACUAACUCGGUACCUCUACCAGGUUUCCAAGAUGUGGUGGUCUCUACUUCAGUAUAUCGUGGCGUUGAACAGCUUGUGGUGAUUGAAUUGCUACGGAUUGCUGGUGCAACUGUCACGAGAACACUUAGCAUGCAAAACACUCACCUGGUCUGCCUCAUACCUUUUGGUAUGAAAUACGAUACGGCUACAAAGAGGGGUAUACAUGUUGUGCGAGCGCGCUGGGUAGUAGACAGCUUGGUAGCAGGAAAGCGUCUCAGUGAAGACAUUGCGGAUUUUCAAGUUGUUGAGGGCAACCAAUCCAACAGUUUUACGCACAUUGCAAGCGAGAAUACUACCCACCCGGUAUGUUCUCCUCGUUCAGCGUCAACGUAA